AACUCGAGAACCAGUGAACUAAAAAUUUUUGGCGUAGUGGCGCAGUGGACUAGCUCCUGCACCAUAUCCGAUUUUGUAACUUCGUGUUGUGAAAAUCUUGGUGGGACAAGUAUUUAUCCAAUUAGAUUGGAAAUCCCGGGAUUGAAAGAUGCCUUGAUAAAAGUUCUUCAAGAUUUUAAUUUACAGGCGUCAUUACAAGAAGGUUGUCAAAGAAUUUUGGUUAAUGACAGUGUUUCGAUGGCUAAUCAACUUCACAAAGCACAGAAACGUGGCAUUUCAAUUGAAAGUUAUUAG